AUGGCUGGCGACGGCGAGCGCAAGGUCGCCUUCAUCACCGGUACCACCGGUCAGGACGGCUCCUACCUCGUCGAGCUCCUCCUCUCCAAGGGCUACGUCGUUCACGGCAUCAAGCGCCGCUCCUCUUCCUACAACCACCCCCGCCUCGAGCACAUCAUGGAAGAAGGCUACCCCAACAACCAGAACUUCUACCUCCACUACGGUGACCUCACCGACCUCCACGCCCUCGUCGCCAUCAUCCGCGACGUUCGCCCCACCGAGGUGUACAACCUCGCCGCGCAGUCGCACGUGCAGGUUUCGUUCCAGAUGCCGAUGUACACCGCCGAGGUUGACGGCGUCGGCACCCUGAACCUCCUCGAGGCCAUCCGCCUGUCCGGCCAGACCAAGACCUGCCGCUUCUACCAGGCGUCCACCUCCGAGCUCUACGGCAAGGUUCAGGCCAUCCCCCAGGAUGAGGACACCCCUUUCUACCCCCGCUCCCCUUACGCCGUCGCCAAGAUGAUGGCGUACUGGGCCGUGGUCAACUACCGCGAGUCGUACGACAUGUACGCCUGCAACGGCAUCCUCUUCAACCACGAGUCCCCCCGCCGCGGUGAGACGUUCGUGACGCGCAAGAUCACCCUGGCGGUGGCGAACAUCAAGGCUGGCAAGCAGGAGUGCCUCUACCUCGGCAACAUGGACGCCAAGCGCGACUGGGGCCACGCGCGCGACUACGUCGAGUGCAUGUGGAGGAUGCUCCAGCAGGACAAGCCCGAGGACUUUGUCGUCGCGACCGGCGAGACCAACACCGUGAGGCACUUCGUCAACGAGGCGUUCAAGGUUGCCGGCAUGGAGGUUCGCUUCGAGGGUGAGGGUGUCAACGAGGUGGGCAUCGAGAUUGCCACCGGACGCACCCUCGUCCGCGUGCACGAGCGCUACUUCCGCCCCGCCGAGGUGGACCUCCUCAUCGGCUCCCCCGCCAAGGCCAAGACCCGCCUCGGCUGGGAUCCCCGCACCACCUCCCUCGACCAGCUCAUCAAGGAGAUGGUCGAGGCGGACAUCGCUCGCGUCGAGAACCCCAGCCUCCGCAUCUAA